CCGGUCUGCGGAGGCGAAGGCCUUUGUGGGCUGGUGGCUGGUCCGGGUGCGGGCGCAGGCUGAGGGGAACCGGGAGCGCGCGGCGGUCAUGACGGAGGGCACGUGUCUGCGCCGAAGAGGGGGACCGUAUAAGACGGAGCCUGCCACCGACCUCAGCCGCUGGCGACUCAGCAAUGAGAGGGGGAGGCAGACGUGGACAUACCUCCAAGGAGAGGAAGACCCUGGCCGAGGGCAGUCUGGCCUGGAAGCUCACUUACUGGGCCUGGACACCAGGAGUUACUUUAAGGACUUGCCGAAAGCCCACACAGCCCGUGAGGGGGCUCUCAACGGGAUGACGUUCUACGCUGCACUGCAGGCUGAGGAUGGGCACUGGGCGGGUGAUUACGGUGGCCCGCUCUUCCUCCUGCCAGGCCUCCUGAUCACGUGCUACGUGGCGCACAUUCCUCUGCCGGCUGGAUACAGAGAAGAGAUUACACGGUACCUGCGGUCUGUGCAGCUUCCUGAUGGCGGCUGGGGCCUGCACAUUGAGGAUAAGUCCACGGUGUUUGGGACUGCGCUCAACUAUGUGGCUUUGAGAAUUCUGGGCGUGGGGCCUGACGAUCCUGACCUGGUGCGAGCCCGGAAUAUUCUUCACAAGAAAGGUGGCGCUGUGUUCAUCCCCUCCUGGGGGAAGUUCUGGUUGGCUGCCCUGAACGUGUACAGCUGGGAAGGCCUCAACACUCUGUUCCCAGAAAUAUGGUGAAAUCUUCUCAUCACCAUUAAUGCUCCUUCAAGCAACAUUUAGGCACAUUUGCAAACCAUGGUGAGCUCAGGGAAAACGGUGAGUAUUAAACUCUGGCUCGCUUCCAUCUCCUUCCUAUGUGCCAGGCACAUGCAAAGGGGAAAAAACACACUACAGCCUCACUGUUCAAACCCCAGUCAGAAGACUGACCUGCACAGGAAGCCUAAGGAGGCCGCUCUGUCCUCUGCCUGUCACCACCUCGCACCACUCACCAUGUGUUCUGAGUGUUCCCUUUAAUGCAGUGGCCCUGCGGUUUCCUCAAGGGAAGGAACUAGGACGGAACUGAACACCCCUGCUGGCUGAUCCAUGUGAAAUUCCCAAUGUCUGACCACGUCUGACCUCAAACAGCAACCUCAUAGGGCUCUGCCUAAUAGCCGCGGGCACUGCACAGCGGCUCCCCCCGACAGCCGGAAUGGGGUGGGCCAGGGCGGCACAGCACAAGCGCCCAGGCUUUCUCCACUGUCUCCAGGGCCCGCGUCUGGUCGGCAAACGGCUCAAUCGCCACAACUCGCCCAAAACAGUGAGUACCGGACGGUGCCUACGUGGAUAACAAAAGCCCACUCCGGGACCGCACAGAGCUCCCGGGGGCAUCCGCAGCGCAGGGACGUGACACCUCCCAGGAGGCUCCGUCCGGGCGUCUGGAGCUCCCAGUCCUGGCGCGGGGAGCGGCCCCGGCAGAGGCCCUCCGCCCUCACUUGCCCAGGACCGUCUACCUGGGCCCCAAGCAGCGAGGAGGCGGCACAGGCGUUUCAGGAGCCCCGACACCAGGGCGUGGGUCGGUGGGAGGCAUUCACAGGGUGAACAAGUCCCGUGCUCGGGAAUACCACUCCGAACUUCUAUAGCAAAAAGAACUGCAGAAUUCCGUGUAAAACGAUCUCUGCACGUCGUUUUAAUCGGAUGGAAGCUGAGCUGAGCACUAGGGGGAGCGCCCGUGUCGCCCAACUGCAGGGAGUCCCGGCCUCCAAGCCCUCCAGGAAUCCGGGCGAGGACAGGGAGACGCGCAGGUACCACCAGGUGUGCACAAGAGCGCAGGCGUGGUGACAGCGCCCAUCCUCUAGCAGUUCCCCGGGGGUGGUCGGGGCGGGGGGUGGCGCGGGGUCCCGGAGUGGGGGCGGGGACGCCCGCCUCCCACGGCCCCGCCCCUGCCCGGCGCAAGCGCAACCCCGCCAGUCCCGGCGUACCCCGCGCCCGACGUCUCCGCGAAGCGACGCGCGCCCCCGGCCGUUGAUUGGCUGUGGCUACGGCGGGGGCGGGCCCAGGCAAAGGGCGGCGGAUUCAAGAUGGCGGCGGCCAAGGGGCGGCUUCCAGCCCACUCGGCGGAAAGGGCAAGAGUGCGGCGGUAGAGGCCCCCUCCUGGCCGCGUCCGCUCCUGGCAGGGGGCGGUGGCAGGCACCGGAGCCCGCCCUGUGGGGCCCACACCGGGACAGCGAGGGGAGGAGGCGCUGCCGUUUACCUUCGCUCUCCCGGCCUCCACUUUUCUGCGCCGCUGCUGUUGCUCAUCUUCCAUCUUACUCCGGGGCUCUUCGCAGGUCGCCGUGAGGUGGCGGGGCCGAUGCGGUGCCGCCUUCGCUCUAUUUACACUCCCUCCGCAUCGCCUGGGCUCACCCUCCCCCCACGACAACUGUCACGCAGACGUGGGCCCGCCCCGCGUUCGGCCCCGCCCCGGGGCGUGCACCCCCGGCCCGCGGCCAAUCAGGGUCCGCGGUCCUGCCCUCGCGCACGCGUAUUCAGGGCGGUGCCCUCAAGGAGCCGCGGCCCGGCGGAGCUCCGCCCCUGCACCCGUUCCUCCGAUUGGCGCACAGACGCUCCGGCCUCUUCGGGCAGGACCAUUGAGCGGGGCGCGGCAUUCUCGGCGCUCUCUGUGGUUGGUCGGUUUGAAGAGCCUGCGCACGUGGGUCGUCGGGCCCCGCUGGGACUGGCGCGGAGGCCGGUUCGCAUUCCCGCGAGGUUGAGGCCGCCCUGGGGCGAGUCUGCACCGGUGUCCAGUUGAGUCAAGCGUCGCGAGCCCCUGGGGACAGCCCAGGAGGCCGGGCCCCACUGCAUGCGUGCGCCAGCUCAGGGCUGCCCGUGAAAUCGCUCCGGGUUGUGGCCGUGCCCAGGGCUGGCAGGACCCAAACUCUCGUCUCCAGGGGUCCUUUUGGCGACCGGGAUGCUGGCCCUGUUCGUGUCACGAUCGCAGACAGCCAGCAAAAUCACUUGAUUUCGUUCCUAGGAGUCCCUCCCUUAGGUCCCGCUGGCGCCUGGACCCACAGAACCGGAGUGCCGGGGGUGGCCAGAGUUAGUGGGAAUCGGGGCUGGCACCCCCAACCCACGGAGCCCAGAGCUACAGGGACAAGAAGCCACCGGCGGUGCUGCCACUCCUGGACCCAUGGGUUCUUCCCGCUGGGGACACAGUGCCAUAUCGAGGGCUGUGGUUUAAUGCGUCUGUCAUGGGUCCACUCUGGCACCUCUGCCAUAAAGCAGUGCCCUGCGUCAAAGAGUGUUAGGAGGGACUCCAUGCAGUGGGAAACUCUGAGAGAGGGUCAGGCUGAGGCCCUGCGGGCAGGAAAGGCAAACCCACACCCAGAAUACAAGUGUAUUCCUGUUAGGACAACCCCUGGAACCCCAGCGUGGAAGGGGCUCCAUAGGGCCAACUUGCCAAGGGGCCUGUAAGGAUGCAAUUUUAAAUGAUACAGUAAUUGUACACAGUUGUAGAUCACCAGAGGGAGAGAGCUGUUUCAGUGAAAGGCAAAAAGUCUCUUCUCACAUGGAAAAGUUUUAAGGCCUUGAAACGUUUGGGUAAAUCAAUCCAAAUAUGUUGUAAGUGGUUAUUAAAAAGGAAUGUGCUGUACUUCCUGUUCAAAUUUCUGUGAAGCUAAAACUGCUCAAAAAGAUAGUCUGUUAAAAAAUGUUUUUAAAAGAAA